GUAUCUUUGUUUUGUUUGUUUGUUGUGAAGUGGAAUUUAUUGUGGAGUUGUGUUUUGUUGUGUGACAAAAUCGACUAGUCCUAUCACAUCAGCAGGCUUUGUUGAUUGUUAUUAAUUUCUCAGCCAAUAAGUUAUUAAUAUGUCAGGCUGUGACUCGCAGAAGCCGGAAGGCUCUAAGGAUAAUAUUUCUACUAAUUCUAUUGACGAAGGCUUACCAAGAGAGCUCAGUCAGCUGAGUCUUUCUAGUGCAUCAAGUCAAGAUGAAUUUUAUUGUGAUAAAGGACAUUCCGAAGUAACCCUGAAAAAUUUAUUUCACUAUUUCCAAUCCCAAAAGUUAUGCGACGUGGCUUUAAUUGCAGGAGGGUGCAGUAUUCCAGCUCACAAAAUAAUACUAGCCUCAUGCAGUGAGUACUUUGCAGCAAUGUUCACUGGAUCCCUGAAAGAAGCACAGUUAACAGAAAUAACUCUAGAACGUGUAGAUUCACAAGCUCUCCAAGCUCUUGUGCGAUACUGCUAUACUGGAACAAUAGAACUGAGAGAAGAUACUGUGGAAGUACUUUUAUCAACAGCAAGUUUGCUGCAGUUGAAUACUGUCACUGAUGCUUGUUGUGCUUUUUUAAAGAAGCAGCUUGAUCCAUGUAACUGUUUAGGGAUUGCUUUGUUUGCUGAACAGCAAUCUUGUAUGACUUUACAUAAGAGUGCUAUGGAGUACACAUAUCAGCAUUUUAUGCAGGUUGUGAAACAGCAGGAAUUUUUAUCACUUCAAGCAGAGCAAUUAGCUAGUUUGCUUAAAUCAGAUGAUCUGAAUGUCAUUAGUGAAGAAAAUGUGUUCGAAAGUUUAAUGAUAUGGGUUCAACAUGAAAUUGCCAACCGAGAACAACAUUUGGCUACUUUACUUAAACUGGUCAAGUUACCAUUACUUUCAUCAGAGUUUCUAAUUGACAUAGUUGAGCAAGCCUGUGGUAAUAUGCCCGAGUGCCAACCUUUGAUAAUGGAAGCGGUAAAAUGGCACCUCCUUCCUGAACGUCGAGCUCUUCUCUUCUCACAUAGAACACGGCCAAGAACUUCUACUAUUGGACGCCUUUUGGCUAUUGGUGGUAUGGAUGGCUAUAAGGGUGCAAGUAAUAUGGAGAUGUAUGACCCUCGCACAAAUUCAUGGACACCUUAUAUGAGAAUGAGUGCGAGAAGACUUCAAUUUGGUGUUGCAGUGAUGCAAAAUAAACUCGUAGUUGUGGGAGGGCGAGAUGGACUAAAAACAUUGAAUACGGUUGAAUGCUUUGAUCUCACAUCUCUGAGCUGGAACACAUUAGCUCCUAUGAAUACUCAUCGCCAUGGUUUAGGUGUUGCCGUUUUGGGCGAUGGACCAAACUCGCCUAUUUAUGCAGUCGGUGGGCAUGAUGGAUGGAUAUACUUAAAUUCUGUGGAACGUUGGGACGCGUGCUCUCGCACGUGGACCAUCGUGUCGCCGAUGACGGGCGCUCGCAGCACAUGCGGCGUGGCUGCCCUCCGCGGACGGUUGUACGCGGUGGGCGGGCGGGACGGGGCCGCGUGCCUGCGCUCCGUGGAGUGCUACGACCCCGCCACCAACCACUGGAGCAACUGCGCGCCCAUGACCCGGCGUCGCGGCGGCGUCAGCGUAUGCGCCGCGGGUGGUUACUUGUACGCGCUAGGCGGACACGAAGCGCCGGCUAACACGACGGGAGGGCGACUCGCUUGCGUCGAGCGUUACGACCCGGUGGUCGACAGCUGGGUGCUGCUCGCCCGGCUCUCGUACGGCAGGGAUGCCAUCGGCUCCUGUCUUCUGGGCGACCGGAUAGUAGCCGUCGGCGGUUACGACGGCGUACAAUACUUGUGCGUGGUAGAAGUGUACGACUCAGAGGCGAACUGUUGGCGUAAACUGGCGCCCUUGAGCACGGGGCGCGCGGGCGCGGCCGUAGUCUCGGUGCCUCAGCCCAGAACACUCUUCUGAUACCACCAAUACCAGCUGCACACUUUCGUGCUCGCUUGUUAUAACACCACGCCAACAUUGUGAUUUUUUUGCGGUCGUCAAAUUGCCAAAAAAUCCGUGAGCAUUCUUGAAAUAUGAUCUCAUUAACUCGAAAAGGAAUUCUGGAAAUAUGUCUGUCUGAUGGUAGUGUCAUAGAAAUUUUAUUUUAUUAAUUUACGACGUAGUCUGCUAGUGUAAUUAUUGUUUCGAUGUACUCCCUUAGAUAUAGCGUAUAUAAUCGUCCUAUUUUGACCUGAGAGAAUGAAGUCCCCCUACUUUUAAUACCUACAUACAUUAUACACAAGAGAUGGCCAACAUGAUUAGACAUAAGAUCUAAUAUUUAACGACGAAAGUCGGCACGAUCUCUCAAUUACUUAUGUAUUUUUUUUAAUGUUCUAUUUUGCAUCUUUAGAGCUUCGUUCGAUCGAUCUCGGUAGCUCGGUAGCAUAUUUAUUAGUGGUGGUCACCCGGAUAGCUAAAGGCCCCAGUCCGAAUCCUGUCCGAUAUAAUUUUGUUUAUUUAUUUUGUCAAGAGGAUUGACUACUAUAGUAAUUUAUAUUAUUAUAUUAUUAACGGGGUUUGCUACCAUAUUCGUUUUUUUUAUACGUGUCCCGAUAUUUUAGCAAUCCCGUUAAUAACAAGUUAUUAUAGUGUUACUUACUCCAUUGAAGUUUAAUUCGAUUCAAAACUAUUCUCAGUAACUACAUAUUCAUAAGUGCGAGCUUUCCAUUGGUAUUAAACUUUUUUUAUUUUGCAAUUUAGAUCAACAAUGUUCAAUGCCUUGCUACCAACGCUAUUAAAUAACCUUAAAUAAUUUCUUGGUGUGUUUAAUGUUAUCGUAAUGAAAGAGCAUGAAAAUGCAUUACUUACAUGUAAUCUGUAGAUCUGAAAAAUUAUUCGGCACAAAAAAAAACUAGAAAUGUCAGCAUUUUUAUGUUAUCUGUGUAGAAUAUUUGUAAAUGUAUAAAUGUAAUUCAUUCAUUACAGUGACAAUUGAACAAAAUUAUAUAACUGGUUUAAAAUUAUUGGUCUUAUUUUAAGCAUUAAACUGCUAGAUUCAUAUCUAAAGAUUAAUAAAUUUGAUCUAAUGAUAUGACUAGAAGUUUAAUGCUUAAAAUAAGAUCAAUAAUUUACAUAAAAUCGGCCCGUUUGUUUUCGUAUUUUUUAUUUAUUUAUAAAUAUAGCAAUUUAAUUCUUAAGGGCCACUUGCACCAAAAGGGUAAUACCCAAAAUAGGCUCAACGUGGACAAGGUGCUUGGCAAAAAAUCAUUUUACAAUAUUAUUUUAUUUAUUUUUUAACCAAUUUCUAUAACCGUAAUAUAAUGGAGAGUUUCAUUAAUAAUACAAUAAAAUUAAAUAAUAAAAAAUACGGUCUCUUCCUUCCAAUAGAUAUAUAUCUAAUGUCACAUAGUCGAAAACAGCUGUAAUUGGUCGAAUUUAAGUUAGCAUCACGUCAUGUCAGCAAAAACGGCUAUGAUAAGCCAAAAUUAACGUAAGCAUCACGUCAUUUCAGCGAAAACGGCUAGGAUUGGUGGGAUCUACUAUGACAUGUGCAGACAGUGAUCUAAACCUAGGGUGCGGCCAGAGUGCACUCAGAUUCAGAUUCCGAAAACAAGCGCGAGAAAUAAACAGUGUAGUCUUAACAGGUUGCCUGCUUUUUCUCGCGCUUUGUUUUCUGAGUCUGAA